CGAAGCCGCUCGUGCUUGUAUCCUGCGUCAGAAAGCAAAAACAGAAAGAAAAGUGGUCGUUCGAGGUGCUUGCUUAUGUGUGUGCUUGCGGCGCGCGUGUGUAUGACAGCCCGGAAUGGAACAGCAAGCGGAUAUCGCCUUGCGAAACGAUAGCGGUGACGCGGCCCCAUGUAGUGCGCAAAAACUGCCGACGCCUACAAUUUGAGGCUAUCAUGUAGCGUCGCUUUUAGAAGUGUGCGGCGAAGCCCUUGAGUGUGUAUGUGUGUGUGCGUGCGUUAUACUUCAUUUUUGUUCCGUGGCCCUAUACCCCUUCGUGUGAUAUGCUAUCAUUUCAAUCGUAUGUGGGAGCAAGUUCAUCGUUUGGGAGUAGCUUCGGCCACUCCUGUGUCAGCGCUCAAGAGCAAGUGCCUCUUGAAAACGGGAAAAAUAAAAGCAAUCCAGGGAGAAGUCAAACUCCCCGCCGAGAAUGGAGAUACGAGGCAGUACCGUGCCACACCUGACUGGGGGGAAAGUGCUAUCAAUGGGGACCACUUAUGGACAGCCACUAGUGCCUCUGGGGAUCUCUGUUAUGUGGGAGAGAGUGAAUGCUCAAAACACGGACCCCGGAUGAAAUGCCCAGCUUGUAAAAUAACUGUUCAUGCCGGAUGCAUUACCAUUUUAAGUGAUAAAAUGAAGUUUCAGUGUAAGCCAACAUUCAGAGAUGUCGGCAUCAGACAAUAUCGAGAGCAAACUGUGAUUCAGCACCACUGGGUACAUAGGCGCUACGAGAAAGGGAAGUGCCAACAGUGUAGCAAGUCCUUUCAGUCAAAACUCUCAUUUGGUAGCAAGGAGAUAGUGGCCAUCAGCUGCACGUGGUGCAAGACAGCCUACCACAACAGGGAGUCGUGUUUCAGUAUGCAAAGGAUCGGCGAGCAGUGCUGCCUGGGCACGCACAUGGACAUCAUCGUGCCGCCAUCGUGGAUCGUCAAGUUGCCCCGGAAAGGAUCCUUCAAGUCCUCCAUACGGAGGUCGCCAAAAAAGCGGGCGUCGACAAAAAAGAAGUCUCGCAAAGAGGGAUGCGGAGACAAGGACACACAGCGAGCGUUUGCCAUCAAGCCUAUCCCGUGUGCGUCGAGCAAGCCCCUGCUGGUGUUCAUUAACCCGCGGAGUGGGGGUAACCAGGGGUCCAAGAUGAUGCAGAAGUUCCAGUGGCUUCUAAACCCACGCCAGGUGUUUGACCUCUCCGAAGGAGGUCCCAGACAGGGUCUCGAACUGUACCGCAAAGUGAACAACCUGCGAAUACUGGCCUGCGGGGGCGACGGAACGGCGGGCUGGAUCCUGUCCGUGAUCGACGAGAUCGGCAUCGUGCCCCCGCCGCCGGUCGCGGUGCUACCCCUUGGAACGGGCAACGACCUCGCUCGUGCACUCGGCUGGGGAGGGGGUUACACUGACGAGCCCAUAUCAAAGAUACUCCAAGAUGUUCAAAACGGGGACAUUGUCCAGCUGGACAGGUGGGACCUAAUUGUAAAUAGAAACCCAGAGGUGGACAUCUCUCAGUGCGAAGAAGGCAAGGAGACUGUGCCUUUAAAUGUUGUGAAUAAUUAUUUCUCUAUCGGCGUGGACGCCCACAUUGCCUUGGAGUUUCACGAAGCACGCGAAGCUCACCCGGAGCGGUUCAACAGCAGGCUAAAGAACAAAAUGUUUUACGGCCAAGCAGGAGGCAAGGAUCUCCUCCAGCGAAAGUGGAAGGACCUUUGCAGCUACGUCACACUGGAGUGCGAUGGCCAAGAUUACACGGGGAAGUUACGAGAGCACAAAGUACACUCCAUUCUCUUCUUGAACAUUCCCAGUUACGGCGGUGGCACAAGACCCUGGGGUAACCCGGGGACAGCAUUCGAAAUGCCACAGACUGAUGACGGCCUCAUUGAAGUGAUAGGCCUCACGAUAUACCAAAUGCCUUUCCUCCAGGCGGGUGGCCACGGCACUUGCCUUUGCCAGUGUCGAAGCGCUCGCGUCGUGACGAGCAAGACCAUCCCGGUGCAGGUGGACGGGGAGCCCUGCCGCCUACUGCCUUCGCUCAUCGAGCUGCACAUGCGCAACAAGGCCUGCAUGGUGGCCAAGGCCAAGAUUCACAACCAAGUGCCAAGCCAGUUACCACUGGAAAAGCUUACCAUCGCCAUCCGAAAGUUGAACAUGGCUGAUUACGAGAAUUAUCACUAUGACAAGGAGAAGCUACGAAGCCUAUCCAUACCGAUUGGAACGUUGACUGUGAACCCUGACACUGAUCUCGAGAACGUCAGGUUGAUGAUCAACCAGCUGUGUUCGAUGGAAGGUCCAGAUGCGCAGAAUCUGUCACCUUCCAAGAGGUUCUCACCUGACUGGUGCUUUCUGGACUCCUGUACAGCAGAGAGGUUCUUUCGAAUUGACCGAGCUCAGGAGCAGCUACACUACGUCGUCGACAUAAGUCAGGACGGCGUGUACAUCCUCGACCCGGAGCAGUCGCCAAUCGUACCGGAGCCCCCGCCACCGCCACUGUCGUCACCCACGACGGAGGAUAUUGGUGGCCUGGAAAGUUCGUCCGCAUUGAAGGAGAGCGCAGAGAGCUUAGCAGCUGUAGCUGCUGCCACGGUUGCAGCCGCAGCCGCAGCCGAAGCCAUAACGAAAGAGCCGGCUCCUACGUGGAGUGCUCCUUCUCCUAACAUCGAGGACAACAAGAUGCAAAAAGUUGAGGCUGGAGAACAGUCACAGCCAACUUCAUCCCUAGAAUUAAUUGCGGCUGCCAAAACAGGAGAUCUCUUAAGGCUAAGGCAGCUUUGUGACAGUGGUCACAGCCUGCUGUCAACGGACGACAGCGGGAUGACGGCGCUGCACCACGCCGCUCGCUAUGGACAGAAGGACGUCGUCAGGUACAUUGUCGCCAGCGCACCGCCAACGAUUUUGGACAUUGCGGACAAAGACAGGGGACAGACGGCUCUUCACAAGGCUGCAGCGUACAAGCGGCGAACUAUCUGUUGCAUGCUCGUAGCAGCCGGAGCAUCGCUGUCCAAGGUGGACUGCCAGGGACAGACAGCGAAGCAACUAGCUGCCAGAGCCGGCGAUGAGGACUUGGCAGCAUACCUGGAAAGCCAGGAGCACUUCGAGAGGCUCGUGCAGGAUCGGGAGACGGCCGUCUGACAGCAGCUGAACGCUGGCGCCCUCCCUCUAAGCGACAAGGGCCUCAGCUUUUUCCUUCCUUGGCCGUUCCUGUGGAACCACAACCCCAUGAGACUCCGUUGAGCAAGCCAAGCGAAGGCUUCAGCCAAUCCACAUCAUCGUUCUUACGUGAGAUAGAGCAGGAUACACAGGCGGGGCCAUACGAGCCUUUCUCGCUCGGCUGAUGUCGCCGCACUUGUCAGUACGAGCCAAGUUGCGACCAUCUUUUCGCUUAGUGCAAUGACAUGUGGAGCUUAGAGAAAGAUGGUACAGGCCUGAGGAGCAGAGAACGCUGGGGUCGCGGAGCAGUUGUAUCGACAUGUCAAAACGGAACGUUUAAAAUAGUUUGCUCUGGCCAGUACGCACGCUUCUUCACAAUACAGGAACUUCCACCCAUACAACUGGGUCGGGUUCAGGCUGUAGCGUGGUGAUUCGUAAUGUGUAGCCACAUUGACCAUCUCAUUCGUUCUGUAGCGUCAGACACCAGCAAUGGUUGCGUGUUUGCGUUUUGCCGCUCUGGAGUGCUUGCAUUUCAAUCUGACCGUGCAGUCUACUUGCCAUUGAUGCGGCAGUGAGAAGAAGGCACUUCAGAUCUUGCGGUAUGUUUGCACGCUAGUUUUCCUCACUUCAAUAAUAAUAUCCAAGAUUGUUUUUAAGCCUCAUUGGGGGGCGACUUUGUAUAACACCUUGGAGAUCCUUUUUCGAACCGCAGUCGUUGCAUGCGUUGUUUCCCGGUGAGCUUUCUCGACAUUCAGGAGCACUGACGAUAUCUUGUGCUCGCGUUCAUAAGGCACAUUUGUUUGAUUUCAGCUCCUAUACAUGAAGCGAGAGCCUCAGUUUUCUGGUUGUCUUAUUUGUUCUUGAGCAGCUAGGUUGGCAGCUCAUUGCUAUGACGGCUUCCUUGUUUUGGCAGCUACCCAAGAGCUUAGAUAUUUGGUGCUUUUAAACACUGAGCUCUCUUGAGCACAAUAGGCACUGAGAAGCCCGGUUCAUUAAGUAUUCAGGAUACAUUGUAUCCAACUUUUCCCGCAAGCCGGUACAUUUAGGCAACAGCUUUGGCACUUUUAUCUCGAGACACGUGUGAAAAUCCUUGUUAGAGUUUGCAUGCUUCGAAAACGUGGCACCCGUUUUCACACAGGGUUGUGUGUUUUUCACUGCGUUUUGGUCUCGCAAUGAGCACGUGAAAAGACUAAAUUGUACGUCUCUGAACAUGUAUUGCGCACUUCUUUAACGGUUGCACACCAAUUUUUUUUACUUCUUUAUGCAAGUCUCGAUAAAACAUCUCGAUCGUACCAUUUUACGACUCUUACGCUUUAGGGUUUUCAAGUUUCUCUCAACUUCUCCGAGUUUCACCAUGCCAGUCCUGAAGUUUCCAAUUUAGCUAACACUUUGUUGAGCGGGCCGGCGCCACACAAAUGAAGACGCUCAGUUCACCGUCUGGAAAAGCAAAUUUUCGCUUCAAGGCUGUUCCCAAUGCCUCCUCGGGUUGAAAUCCGUUAACAGUGGCGGGUGGACGCACCAAAGCCUUCUCAUCGUUCCUGCACCAGAUCUUUUUGACAACUUUGGCCUUAAGCGUCACCAACGUGCUCCCUCCAGCGUGGUGGUAGCGUGGGAGGUGACCCAGGCAUCGCCGGCGUCACCUUCGGGCAAGAGACGAAACCUCGAGUGGUCCCUUUGCGGAACAGCUUCCCCCCCUUUCACCGAGAGGCUGGUAGGGUGCGAGGGGUGGGGAGGCAGUAGUUUCAUUGAAACGUGCUACGCUAAUACAAAGCUUGCAUUACGCUGUACAAUUUUGUAUAUUUAGCCCUUGUACCAUAGUUGCACUACUGAAGUAGAGCUAGUUGUUUUGACUGCCCCCUCGGAGGAUGAGAGAGAAGAAAAAAAAAAGACGCAUUUGUAUCUUUAAGACACGUGUUUGAACUUUCGAGCAGUGCACCGUAUCUUUAGUUUCCCAAUCCCCGCAGAAACGGCUUGAGGAGGACCAAGGCAUUUUCUUCUAGGCUAAAUAGCCUCAGCCUAGCGUCACUGUGGUAGUGCCCCUUCCAUAGGCAUUCUUUUCGUCUCCGGUCUGGUUGUAAGGCAUUGAGUGUGAGCUCCCUGUUGCCAGUAGAAGUAUGAAUGCACACUUGCUUGUCGCAUGUCUGAGGAUGACAGAUUCUUGCGAGGGCACAGAUUUCGACACACAUGUUGCAGCUUAUCAGUGGCAGCUUGCUUUAAAACAGUUGCGGAUAAACCUACAUAUAACAAAUUUGUGGUUUUAAUGAAUUAUUCAUUAUAACGAGGUUUCGGUUAUAACGAAGUGUAGGUUGUUACAAAAGGAGGCAAGAACAGUCGUGUAAUUUAUACAGUGUUAUAAAUGUGUGUUUUUAUUCUUGGAUGUAACAGAAGUUGAUUUAGCGUCUGAUAGAUUUGGCUAUACUGAGGUUUGGCUGUAAGCGUUUGCAGCUUGUUUUAUGAUGGUGUUGCGACUGUCGUAUUCUCUCUGUGUUUGUGGUAUUCUCUCUUUGUUGUCUUGCUCACCAGAGUGUUUGCUGCAUUG